AUGUCUUCCAGAUCGCCGCGAGGCUCACUUUCAGGCGCAUCAUCUUCUGCAGAAGUGGCUGCCGACUUCGAGGACGCCUUGAAAGACCUGCAAGGCAACAACAGAUAUGAAAUCAGCAACCUCACCAUCAUCGCGAAGGAGAACACAGAGCACGCUCAAGCUAUCUCAAAAGUCCUCGAGAAUCAUAUCAAGACGACUCCAGCAAGCCGCAAACUCCCAGCGUUCUACGUCCUUGAUAGUAUUGUCAAGAAUGUCGGAACUCCAUACACAGUCUAUCUCGGCCGUGACCUGUACAGAACAUUCAUGGAUGCUUACACACUGGUCGAUGGAACAACGAGAAAAGCGAUGGAAGGUCUUACGAAGACCUGGAAAGAACCAGUGCCGGGCUCGAUAGAUCCCCGUCCAGUGUUCCCUCUCGAGACUGUCCGACCGAUUGACAAUGCCCUGAUCAAGGCAAGAACCGCGGUCCUCCAAAGCAGACAACCUCAAGUUCCUUACCGAGGCAACAUGCCAACACCGCCGCAGCACAACGGGCAGUUCUCCACGCCACCGCACCCACUUCCGCCUCAGCCGUAUCAGGCGUAUGGUCAACCACAGCCACAGCAGCAGCAACACACAUAUCAGCCUCCGCCUCAGCAACAAAUACAGCCAGCCUCCCAUGACGUGGAAGGUGUGAAACGAGAUAUUCAGGCGUUGAUACCACGAUUCCAACAAAUGCUCGCUAGCAACCCAGGCGAGGGCAGGUUCCAGGCGCAGCUGGGCGCUCUCCAGCAACUGCUUAACCUUCUACAGAACCGAGCGCUCAGUCCUCCAGAGUUUCAAGCGGUCCGCAACCAGGUGACAAUACUGUCGUCGCAGAUACCAACUCAGCAACCUGCGCGUCCCCCGCCGCAAGCUGCUGCACCAACGCCCCAGUGGCAACAGCCUGCGGCAGCGCCCUUUGCUCCACCCUACCAACCUCCACAACAACCACAAUAUCCCAAUGCCCAAUUUCCACUUCCUCUACCAGCUCAGGUGCCACCCCAAGGCACCGCAGCGCCGCCAGUGAUGCCGCCAUCUGCACUCAGCAAUUUGCAAGCCCUGCUGGCAAAUGUACAGAAGCCGAGCACGCCACAAAUGCGCGCAGCGAUCCCGGAGAUCCGCAAUGCGACCCAUUCGCAGCUCCAUACCGUUCAAAACCACACCGCGGCAGCACCAAGUGCAAACGGCCCGGUCGAUCUGUUGGCUGCAUUGUCAAAGGCCGGCAUCAUCAACACGGCCCACCCAGCAUCAACACCAAUACCUCAUGCCCCUCCUCCAGCUACUGCCCCACCCAACCUCGACUUCUUGAAGUCGCUGCAAAGUAUACUUCCGCCGGUCCAAGGUGGUGCCCCGAUGCAAAUGCCGAACGUACCACCAGUACAGACCAUCACUGCAGCUUCCCUCAAGGUUCAUCGACCAGAGUUGAUACAUGCUCUCUACGAUGCACAGCCGAAUCAGUGUACUCAAUGCGGACGACGCUUCUUAGCAACCGAAGAAGGACGGGAGAAGAAGCAGCGACAUCUCGACUGGCAUUUCCGCACUAAUCAGCGCAUUGCUGACCCGAACACCAACCGAGGCCAUCAUCGGAAUUGGUACGUCGACGAAAUGGAGUGGAUCAAGCAUACCGAGUUUGACUUAUCUACCACAACUGCAACAGCACAGGAUGCCGCCGCGGCAGCCAAGAUCAAGGACGACCCAUCACAGAAGUCAGUACGAGCACCUGCAGGUAUGACGAAGAACACGUGCAACAUCUGUCAGGAGGAUAUGCACAGCCAGUACUCGGAUGAACUCCAGGAUUGGGUAUUUGCCAAUGCCGCGGUUCAGAAUGGGAGGAUAGUGCAUGCAACAUGUCUGGCCGAGAUGACGAAGCCUGCCCUGGGUGGUUCCUCGGCUGGAUCACUUGCGGCUGCGCUUGCGAGUGUCGGUGGUGGUGGAUGCAGAGAGCGAAGUGCUACUCCGGACUCCCUUAAGAGGAAGGCGGAGACAGCGAUGGAUGGUGGAGGUGCACGUUUGAAGAUGGGAUAG